UACGGGCGCGGGGGGAGGACCGGCCCCAGGGACAGAGAUUGGGAGGGCUUCCAGGGACUCCGGGUAGAUCGGUAGUUUCCCGCCUCUAGCCAAGAACCAGCGUGUGUAUGAGGGUAUGGUCAAGGGGCGACAGGUCCGCGCGUGGCAGGGGCGCGGGGAGCGGGAGGGCGAUCUUAAGCUUCUCUCCAAGCCAGGGUCUGGCCAGGAGAGGGGGGGUUCCCUGUCCGACGAGGCGGGAGCGCUUCUGCCUUCUCGGACGCCCUUGGGAGCGUCUGGAGAGGGGUGGAAGCGGGGGCAGCCGGAAUCCCCUCCCCAGCCUCUAGGAGGGCGAGACCCAGACAUCCCUUAUGCCUUGUGGUCUACAAGGGGCCGCGGGGGGCAUCCGGAUCCCGCAGACCCUGGGCGGAGGGCUGCCGUCGCGGCCCAGCUGCACGCAGAAGUAAACAUCUGUCAGCGGCGCGUUCCAGCCGCGUUCCCUGCGCGCCGCCGCCGCUGCCGCCGGGGACACGGUGUCCUCCGGCAGACGGAGGCCGUGUGGCUGACCAUCCCGUGCACGCAGGCUGAGGAUGCAGCGCUGGAAGGCGGUGGCCUUGGCCUCGGUGCUCUGCAGCUCCGUGCUCUCCAUCUGGAUGUGUUGGGAAGGCCUGCUCCUCAGCCACCGCCUCGGACCCGCGCUUGCCCCGCUGCGCCGGCCGCCUCGCACCCUGGACGCUCGAAUCGCCCGCCUGGCCCAGUACCGUGCACUGCUGCAGGGCGCCCCGGACGCGGUGGAGCUUCGCGAACUGACGCCCUGGGCCGGGAGGUCCCCGGGUCCGCGCCGUCGGGCGGGUCCCCGGCGGCGGCGCGCGCGUGCGCGGUCGGGGACCCGGCCGUGCGGGCUGCGCGAGCUCGAGGUGCGCGUGAGCGAGCUGGGCCUGGGCUACGCGUCGGACGAGACGGUGCUGUUCCGCUACUGCGCAGGCGCGUGCGAGGCGGCGACGCGCGUCUACGACCUGGGACUGCGGCGCCUGCGCCAGCGGCGGCGAGUGCGGCGAGAGCGGGUGCGAGCGCAGCCCUGCUGCCGCCCGACGGCCUACGAGGACGAGGUGUCCUUCCUGGACACGCACAGUCGCUACCACACGGUCCACGAGCUGUCGGCGCGCGAGUGCGCCUGCGUGUGACCCUACCUCACCGGGCCUGGCGAGACGGCGGCCACGCCCCCCGCCCCGACAGCACCCACCGUCCCGCCUGGCAAGCCCCGCGACAGACUGCCCAUGCACAGAAAAUGCCGUCGAGAGCUCAGGACUCUCGCGAUAACUGUACCAAGAUAAAGUGUGGAAAAUCGA